AUGACAGAUGCAGUGAAAUCUCUAGACACUAUUAAUGGUGUGGUGGGGUCACUUGGACCGUUAGAGGGGGCCAUGUUCCUCAAUGAUGUGUCAAGAAGUGCUAUUUUCCAUCUAGAGUGUACGAACCCCUUCAAGAAGAUGAAGGUGUUUGACCUAUCCAAAGUGAACAGGAAACCACUCACUGUGGAGCAGGUGCCACUGGGAUACAGGCCCUACAGUGGAUGCUUAUUUGAUGUGCUCAGUGAAUCAGACAAUGACAAGAGGUUUGAGGAUCUUUGCUCCUUCUUUCGUACCUUCGGCUCUCGGGGGGACAAAGGUCGCGAGUGUGGACUCACCUACACCAUCAUGCACCUGUGGCCAAUCAUCUACGCUCAUCAGAGAGACUCUAUCAAAACGAAAUUACCUUACACUGCUGCCCUGUUUGAGUACUUUAUCGAUGCUGGCAUGAUUGAAUGUUUCUUGAGAAUCCUUUCCUACGGCCUAGAGCGCAAUUUCCUGCACAUUGAGUUCAACCGAUAUGCUCCUUAUCGCAUCUGGGAGUCACUAGUUGCUGGCACCCACAUUGACCAACCGCACUGUCAUGCUGUAGUUCAUAGGAUCCUUGCAAUGGAACAGAUAGCUGUGGAUAUCUUUCUAUCAUACCUCAACGGGAAGGUGUCGUCUUUGGAGGCAAUGGUGGCCACUCAAGUCAUUGGUAACAUGUCAAGCUACCUUUCUGCUAUGAACUGGCUACUCAACCACCCCACUAUGUGUGCAGCUGCUAUCAAGUAUCUGUGGACCUCCUAUACUGACCAAUACUCGACAUUUCGUCAACACCAAGAUCUACAAUCCGUGUACCAAAGAACACUUUAUUCUCACUAUCAAGUGAACGCUGAUGAGGGUGUAGUCACGUCGGACGUCUCCCGGUUGCCGCAAAUGACCCACCAUCUUGCCCUACAGCUGAUGGUGAACAUAUGUGCAGCCUACCCCGAGGGCAAUACAUUGUCGCAAGUGGAGCCCAGCAUUCUGGCUGUCGUAGAAGAGGGUUUACACGAUCAUGUCGGGGAUAUCAUGUGCGGCAUACUGCUCAACUAUGACAAAAAUCCGUACGUGUCUCCGGAAAAGUUUACGUCAGUUGUGAGUUGGUCGGUAUUUCAAUCAAAGAGCCAAAAAUUAGCAAUCGAACAGCUACGUCGACUACCGUACACACGUAGGGAUAAGCCACCGUUCUUUUCUCGCCAGUCAUAUGCCAAGAGUCGUAGUGUAAUUGCUUUCCUCAUCACUCACGCCCUCUGGUUUGACGAUCACAAUGCAGCCAACUUUGCCACGCUGGGGGUCAUUAGUCUACUGAGACAGAGCGACGAGAUUGCCAUGGAGAUUAUCCGCUUUGCCGGGGACCUUCUCUACGACUUGGCCCACUCCAUCCACAUUGUACAGCUAGAUAAGCAUCCUUCCCCCAUAAAGAGUGCCAUAUUGGAGGUGUUUCUGAAGCUGGGUGGAUUCUCAUACUAUACGCAGGACAAGACCAGAGUUUCAGCUGGUGAAUGCAAGUUUGAUGGCCCAGUUCCUCAGUGUAUCAAGGAUGCUAAGGAGUUUUGUGAGAGGUACCUCCUAGAGGAAAUGUUGCCCAAGACAGAGAAACAGAGGCGGGUCAGAUGUGCCGACUCGUUUAAGACUGAGGGCAAUGAGUUCUUCCAGAGAGACAUGUUCCAUGAUGCCAUUGUCUGCUACACCAAAGCUCUGGAGAUCUGCCCGCUCACGUGUGUGGAGAGGAGGGUCACCUACUACAGCAACCGUGCAGAGUGCUUCAUAAAGUCCAACCAGCCUCGUCGUGCUGUCAGUGAUUGCACUCGUGCCAUCGCUCAGAACCCCGACACCUUAAAGGUUCGCUGGAGAAGAGCCCAGGCUCUCUCACAGAUUGGUGCCAGACACCUUGCUGCUCUAGACUUUUUCACAAUUGCUCAUCGCAAUGACAAGUCUGUUAUCUCCCUCCUGGGUCUUGAGAGAUGGGAGGACUUGAAGAGUGAGUACCGGAGAUUGUUGGAGCACACCUUCCCCGACAUAGCCGAGCAGCAACUGGGAUUCACUGUGUACAGAGGUCACAUGACUAGGGAGUAUGGAUUGAAUGUAAAUGUACACACAGCUGCCUCUAGUAUUCCACCAUACACGGGCCAGCCAUUGUUUGGAGUCGAGGAGGGACGUCACAUCCAUCACGUACUCUGAACUUUGUAUUACACAAAAUAAUGUUUAAUUAAGUGAUCAUAAUAUAAUUACAAUACACAUUGAUUUUUGUGCAAUAAUUAAAUAAGCUCCGACAAAAUAAAUAUCAAAUAUAUUCA